AUGGCGCACCGUCGCGCGCGGCGGGAAUCGUACAGUAGCGGUGGCUUUGCCUCGGCUGAGCACACCCGCGACUCGGUCAGCUGGCUGACGUCGCGGCUGUCGCCAGAAUCGGCCCUGGAAGAAGCUCGGUCGGAGCAACUCCAAAGAGCCGACGCCGCCUACAAGAACCACGAGCUAGGCGCCAACCAUGUUGAAGGCCGUGCUAUACGGGUGUCAGGCACCGGCACGAGCCUAGAUCCCGCUAUUGACCCCGAGGAGGGUGAUUUCAGCGAGGAGCAGGCAGAGGCUUGGAACCGCACGCUACGCAGGCUCUGGGUACGCCAGUCACAGCGGAUUGGCAAGGGCAACAAGCCGCAGUGGCGUGUGCAGCAGCUGCUGACUCGACACCUUGAGCGGCACGGCGAGUGGUUCCUGCUGAUUGGUGACAGGUACGAUCCCUUGUCGCCAACAACCCUCAAGAUUGAGGUGAUUCAUCCGAACCGAGUGGAGUCGCCGCCAGAGAAGGCCGGCGAUCCGACAGUGCGGAUGGGAGUUCAGCUAAACGGCGACGGGGAGGCGGUCGGCUACUACGUGCGAGAUUCGCACCCGGGGGACACGCGAGACAGCCGCGUUAGCUAUCGAUACGUUCCAUCCUACUACGCCAACGGCCUGCCCCGCCUGCUUCAUUACUUUGAAGAGACUGAAGCUGGCGUGCACCGCGGAUACCCCCGCAUGCAGGUCUCCUUCAAGCGGAUGAAGGACUCUGACGAGUACAGCGCGGCGGAGCUCGACCGUAACUACAACGCGUCGUGCAACGUGGGGGUUAUCCACACCGAUGCGGAUGAGGAUGACGUCCUAGAUGAUAUCAGCCCCGGCGGACUUGUCACCAACUACCGUGGCGAGCGGCUUCGCACUAUGCAGCCCGGCGAGUACCAGUAUGCCGGCGUUGCUGACAGGGUCACCUUCAACAAUCCGCAAGGAGCCCCUGCCACGUUCGGCGAGUUUCAGAUGUUCCAGGCGACGAUGAUUGCCGCCGGAGCAGGCACCAGCUACCCGUUUAUAUCGAACGACUUUCGUGGGCUGAACUACAACACACUGAAGGUGGUUUGGAACGCCGAAGAGGCCGCGUGCGAUGUCGCUCACCAGGCGCAGGCUGAUGCGUUGGUUUGGGUGUAUUGGCACUUUGUGAACCGAUGCAUUCUGGUGGCCAACGCAAUCGACGUUGAGGUUUCUGCGUACCGAUCAGAGCCCUGGGUGUACUCCGCUGUGCGGGUUAUCCCGCCUGCUCGCCGGUCAAUCGACCCGGCUCGAGAGGACAACGCCGAAAUCCGCCUCAUUGAGAACGGAAUCAAGCCGGCCAGCGAUCUCGUUGAGCGGAAGAACGGCCAACCGGCGCCAGCGGUCUACAAGCGAAUCAAGCGAGACAAGGCGCAGCGGGAGGCUGAGGGAGUUGCGCCGGUCGAGAGGGCGCCGUCAGGGCAGACCAUGCCGGGCGACCUCAACGACGAAUCCAGCGAAGCCAAUAGCGAACGGCAGGAGGCCAUAUCGCAGCCGCUACGGUACUACCGGACCACGCCGACGAAGGCGGCCGAGAAGCUGCCGGUCGACCGGAAGGGCGGAAAGUUUGGCGCCGGCGUGAUCCGCAAUGCGUCCCUGCUGACGGUGGGUGAGGCGUUGGGGCACUACGAAUGGGUGGACGCCGAGUUCACCGAAUCGGUGGCCGCCUACGUCAACGGCCUCAACAAAGGCGCCAAGGUGCGAUUUACGCACCCCAGCUUGUCGGGCGAUGGACUAGGCCGGUUCAUGGGGCGGGCGUUCGACGCCCAGUACAUCGCUGAAACGGGUCAGGCUGUCGCCGACAUUCAUCUAGCGAAGUCGUCGCACGAGACGCCGGACGGUGACCUGGGCAAGUACGUCAUGGACCUGGCGGAAGAGGACCCGGAAGCGUUCGCCAUUUCGAUUGCGUUUGAACGUGACCGCAAGGCCGAGCGCGUCUUCGCUGAGGAGCACACGGAAGAGGACGAGUUUGCGUCGCCAGACGAGGCAAACGCCAACAACUAUCCGCACGUUCGGUUGAAGGCGUUGAUUGCCGCCGACUUCGUGGACGAGCCCGCCGCCAACCCCGGCGGCCUGUUCCACCGCGGACACGAGAUCGCCGCGGAGGCCGACAAGCUUUGCGCGUAUGCGUUGGGGCUCUCGGAUGAGAAGCCCGACACGGAUUGUUUUUCUGCUGACGCGGACCGCGUACAAGCGUUUGCUCAGCGUUUUCUUAACUCAAGGGAACUGACGAUCAUGUCAAAGAACCCCGAGACGACGCCCGAGCAAAAGCAGGGCGAGACCGUUACCAAGGAGCAGUAUGACGCCUUGGCGGCAAAGCUGGACGACGUGGUCAACAAGUACGAAGCCCUGUCGGACAAGUACAGCAAGGCCGUCGACGAGAAGGUAGAAGCCGCUGCCGAUGAGCAGGAGGCUGAGGCGAAGUUCUCCGCCGAGCAAAAGCGGGUGGCGGACCUCUACAAGCUAGCCACCUCCGCUGGCUUGGACGAUGCAAACGGCGUCGCUGAGAAGUGGGCUGAGCAGGGCCUGUCGGUGGUGGAGGCAAAGGCGGCGCUUGCCGACAAGAUGCUGGCCGCCAAUGGCCUGACUGACGACGGAGGCCAGCCAGAGGAAGACCCGCACGCGGGGCUAAAGGCUGCGUACCGCGCCAACCCCUACUACAAGGCCGAGGGCAUCAGCGAGGAAGACUUCGUAGCAAUGCAGCUCGAGCUGGACGAAAACGGCGGCCUGUAG